AAAUGGCGGCCUGCAUCAACUUUGAAUCACGUGCUCCGCGCUUCGCGCCACGAUUUUGAGCAUCCGAGGUUCCUCUACCUCAAAAAUUUUCUCACCUUGCAUUGGGUACUCAUAUUAAGCUUCGUGAAUGCCGUCCAUGGAGGGAGGAGUUCUUCAGCGCCAGGUGGCAGUGUACAAGAAUGGUUCCGAAAGGUUCUUUUUGAAAGAGAGGAAUUUCUCCCGGCAGUAUUCAGCGACUUAUGCCGCUCGCAUCAAUAUCAUGCGUCCUAUGAUCAAGAGAAAACUUGAAGCUUCCGAUCUUACAGCACCAGUGAAGCGUUUACAUGAACUAGUUGAUCUCCCUUUUGGUUCUGAGGUCAUCUUGAUUGGGACCCUCUUCAAGCAUCAGCAGUUGAAGCCAUCCAUAUUGAAGGAAAUCAGUGAGGAGCAUAACUUGGAGCCGCAGCCAAUAAGGACAAAAUACAUCCAGGAAGAUGAUGAACUCAUUCUUGAGGAUGAGCAGCAGAGGAUUAAAUUGACUGGUGACAUCAAUGCCCAAGCUCUUAUAACUGGGAUUGUUGUGGGAGUGAGAGGGAGUGAAACAGAAGGAGGGACAUUCUGUGUCAAAUCCUGUUUUUGGGCUGGCUCUUGGGAGCAGAUUCCUUGGCCCAAACCAUUGGGCAAAAAGAGGUAUAUAUUACUGGUGUCAGGGUUGGGCCUUGCUGGAGAAAAGUGUAAUCUCAUGGCACUCCAACUAAUGGUUGACCAUCUGCUUGGUCUCGAUGUAGAAGAGGAAGAUGGGAAAGGAGGGACUUAUAUUGCCAGAAUCAUAAUAGCAGGUGACAGCCUUUCAGAGAGUGGAUAUGGAAAGAAGGAGAUGAAGAAGGCCAAGUAUUUGUUGCGAAACACCCAGCCCAGAAGUCUGGAAGGAAUUCGGUCCUUAGAUGACUUCCUGGUCCAAAUGGCACAGGGCAUUCACAUUGACCUCAUGCCUGUGAAGUCAUCUGUUCCUGUCCCACAGGCCAAUGCAUACCCAACUUUCCAUAGUGUCACCAAUCCCUAUGAAUGUGUAGUGGAGGACUGUGUCAUUCUGGGAACAUCAGGUCAAAAUGUGGAAGAUGUCGUGCGGAAUUCGACCAUGGACGAUCCCGUUGACAUCAUGAAAAACAUGCUCGAUUGGGGGCACAUCGCUCCCACCUGCCCCGAUACUCUUGGUACGGCAUCCAGAUGGUCAUCUUCCUUUCCUCGUAUAUUGGAGACGAUUUUUCACAUUUUUCGUUAUUUGCAUCAGGAUGCUACCCAUUUGAUGAGGGUGAUCCAUUUGUGCUUGACCAAGUUCCCCAUGUCUUUUUUAUCGGCAAUCAAUCAAGAUACCAGACCAAGACUAUUUCAGGUUUUGUGGAUGUUACUUCCUUCCAUCUUCUUUGCCUCAGAAGAUAAUAUUUGA